AUGGGCCUUCCAGCACGCAGAAAGCGCGUUAUACUUCCUAUGUAUAAGGUUACUGACCAUACACCGUCCGUUUAUAACGAUCCAUUUUCAAAUAGAUUGAUACCCGUAGGAUACUUUUUAAACAACCUUGAUGAAAUCGGACCGGCUCAUUGGAACAAUCCACAAUCGGCAGAUUAUUCUUUAAAGAUAAUUAAACCUCAAGAGGUUGAUUAUUUUUUGAGAAGCAAUUGGAUAAUUAAUCAAAACAUGACUCAACAACAAUAUGGAUCUGAAAAUGAAUGGCAAGAGAAUUUACUGGACUGUCAAACAUUACCUGUCGCCUGUAGUGAUGAAUUUUGUUCCGCUGCUGAUGCUGCAGCCUUAACAAUUUAUUUCAAUGCCGCUAUGAUUAAUUAUAAACAAAUAAUGAGUCAUAGUAUUCAACGUUAUGAUGAUCAAGUUAAUAACGUAAUGCCUUCACCACCUUCAUCACCAAUAGUUGAUUCACAUAAUUCACCAAGUGAUGAUGAUUCAGCUACAAAUAUUUCAAAUUUAUCCAUUCAAAAAAUUUCACCAUCGUCAGGAUCGCCACCCGAUUAUUAUUUUCAUAUUCAUACUUUGAUAUUGGCUACCCAAUCGGGGUACUUCAACCAAUUGUUCGGUCCGAUAAACCUCCAUUCAUCUUCUUCACAAUUACCCAAUACAUUAUUUGUACCAAUCCCGUAUCCCGAAUGUUUUGGUACUAUAUUGCAUUGGUUAUAUCAUCAUGACGAUGAUGCUUGGUUAGAUGAUAUAACCGAAGAAAAUUUUGAAAAAUUUUAUUGGAAUAUAAGAUUUUUAAAAUUGGGUAAAGAAGCUUAUGAUGUUUUGGAUGAAUGGAUCGAUGAGCGCUUGGAAGAUGGAAUUAGCUUCGAUU